AUGACUGACCCGCCCCCAAUCAAAGCUAAAGGAAAUCCGAACACCUCACCUGAGAAUGCCAACUACAGCUACACACCCCAUUAUCCUCAAGCGGCGGCGCCCGUCAACAAUUGGACUGCCGGCAAUAGCUACUCUGUUACGAUUUCUGGUCAUGCUGUGCACGCAGGAGGAUUAUGCCAAAUCAGCCUCUCACUAGACGGCGGCAAUUCAUUCAAGGUUCUCCGCAGCAUCAUCGGCGGCUGCCCAAGGGGCGAUGCAACCCAACUAGGUUUCAGACUGCCAGACGACACGCCGUCUUCUGACCAUGCGGUGCUCGGCUGGACGUGGUUCAACAAACUUGGAAAUCGGGAGAUGUACAUGAACUACGACAUCAUCAGCAUCGUAGGCGGAGGUGGACAUGACCAUGGUGAGAGUUUCAACAAAAGACCGGAGAUGUUCAAAGCGAACGUGGGUAAUGGAUGCAGGACGGUGGAUUCGAGAGACGUCAUGAUUCCGAAUCCAGGGCCGGAUGUGGAAGUCAACAAUUUCGAUGCUGUGCCGCCGAUUGGUGAGUGCGAAUCCGGGCCAGGAGCGACAGCGGGGUCCGAUUCGGGGCUAGGAUCGGGGAACGGGGGCAAUGGAGGCGGCGGUGGUAGUGGUAGGGGAGGAAUCUACAAGCCCGGCAAUGACUGGCCUGCAGACUUCAACCAGAAUUGCGGCAAAGUUGUGGCCGAUGAAUAG